CCACCUUCAACUGCACCUGUGCUGUAUCAUUUAUAACGAAUUUGCAGCUGAACUCCCCAUCCUUGUCCCUCACUUUAAGUUUCUGCUCUUCGAAUGCAAAUAAGCUGCAGCUAGAGUCGGAUAGACCAUCCACAAACCUUCUCACAUUGACAAGUAGGUAGUUGCUGAGACUCAGAGAGUGGAACAGAGGAGGUAGCUAGAUGUUGGAAAGUUGGCAGAGUAUGUGAUCAUUAGGUGCUACCAUGUGUUGCAGACAAAAGAACCCCAGUACAAAGUCCCCACCUUUGUCCGACUGCCAGCAUUGAGUAAGGAUGCAUCGGAUUGCCGUCAAUAUCUCCGUAGUCACAAGAUCUAAAUACAUUUGCUCCAAACUCCAAUUCUGACCGCUGCUGAGCCAUGCCCCCUCCCAUCCCCCUGCACCAGCUCCCUGCUAAAACAGCAGCAACUGCUUACCCCCCGCUGGGACAAAAAGCGUCUCUCGAUGACCUGGAGGAGGCGCUCGGCGAAGACCCAAAGCAGCGGACUCUGCGGCUGCGGGAGCUCUUUGCCGUGUUUGAUGAGACUGCCGGCAAGACGGGGAGCGUUGAUCGAGCAGCAUUGGAGGCGGGGUUCGAUUCCUUGUCGAUCCCGAACCACCACAAGUAUGCACGAGAGCUGCUCGAGGUGGCGGACUCGAACCACGAUGGGCGCCUUGACUUCAGCGAGUUUGAGGCGUACAUGAACCAGAAGGAGCUGGAGCUGCUGGAGCUGUUUCGCGAGGUGGACGUGGAGCGCGACGGCAAGCUCUUCCUCUGGGAGAUCAAGGCGGCGCUGCAGAAAGCGGGGGUGACCAUUUCCCCUGGGGAAGUGAAUAACUUUAUGCGCCAGGUCGAUGCCAACCACGACGGCUCCAUCAGCUUUGCCGAAUGGCGCGACUUCUUUCUGCUCUUUCCACACAGGGUCAACGUGCGCGCCCUAUACGGGUACUGGCACGACAUUGCGCAGGUGGAUAUUGGGGAUGCGCCGGUGGUGCCCUCCGAUUGCUCAAACGCGCGGGGGAAGGGUCGCACGCAGGACUCCUGGAAGUACCUUUUUGCAGGGGCGGUGGCGGGGGCCGUCAGCAGGACUGCGACGGCGCCACUGGACAGAUUGAAAGUGUUGCUGCAGGUUCAGCGCCAGAUCGCCCCCGCCGCGCUGUCCACUGAGCUGGGCGGGGCAGCCACGCUUGCGACGGUGCGCGGGUCGGGCAUGGCGGCAGGGCUGGCGCACAUCUACAAGGAGGGCGGCGUGCAGGGCUUCUUCCGCGGCAACGGCAUCAACGUGCUCAAAGUGGCGCCUGAGUCGGCCAUCAAGUUUGCGGCCUUCGAGAUGCUGAAGCCGAUCCUGUGCCGCUACUUUACGUCGUCCCUCCCCAAGCAGGGCGAGGCCCCGCGCAUCAGCACGGCAGGCCGGGUUGUGUCAGGGGGCCUAGCAGGCAUGAUCGCACAGACUGCGAUCUAUCCCCUGGAGGUCGUGAAGACCCGCAUCCAGACCGCGCCGUCCAGCGUGCCCCGGCCGACCCUCCUCCGAUGCGCGGCCGAGGUGUAUUCGAGCGCGGGGCUGCGCGGCUUCUUCCGCGGGCUGGGUGCGUCCCUGGCGGGCGUCUUCCCGUACGCGGGCCUCGACCUGGCGGUGUACGAGACGCUCAAGGCGCAGGUGGAGAAGAGCACGUGGGCCGAGUCGGGUACGCUCACCCAGCUGGGCUGCGGCACCGCCUCCGGGGCGCUGGGGGCGACCGCCGUGUACCCGCUACAGGUGGUCAGAACCAGGUUACAAGCAAGUCUAAGAGGCGAUCCUCACGGCUAUACCGGCAUGGUCGAUUGUUUCACCAAAAUCCUGAACGAGGAAGGUCCGAGAGCGUUCUACAAAGGCCUUGCUCCGAACCUUUUGAAGGUCGUGCCCGCCGCGUCAAUCACCUAUGUAGUCUACGAGGGCUGCAAAAAGCAGCUCGACAUAGGAUAAACUCAGAGACAUGUAAAUAUGAGUCGGUUCUCGGCAUGUGUCACAGUGCGCGCAAUUCCACUAUUUUUCCUGUGCGAGUAGAGGACAUUUUGAGUUGCUACCUUUUGGAACAGAGUUAUGCUUAUGGCCGCGUGGUUCUAAAUUUUUAUUGCGGCCUGCGCUGCUGCUGCGCAUACACAUCAUGACCGAUCAGCC